AUGCUUCUGUCUAACCUCUUUGCGCUUGUUUCGCUGAGCACUUGUGUUCUCGCUGUAGGCCGCGCCACAAUCACAAAUCAGUGCGACCAUCCGAUCUACCUUUGGUCCGUUGGCAGCCACAUCAGCAACAGAACAAUUCUACCCAGAGACAGCACCUAUGGCGAGAUCUUCCAUUCUGACCCAAUGUCUGGGGGUAUUGCGCUCAAGAUUACUCCAAACGCGAAUGGUCUGACUACGCCGAAUGCCAGUCAACUUAUAUUUGCCUACAAUAUCGACGAGAGCUUCGUGUGGUACGAUCUAAGCGCCGUCUUUGGCGACGGCUUUACAGGAAGUACCUUACAGAUUCAGUCAAGUGACGAGCAGUGUGAUUCUAUUACGUGGCAUGAUGGGAGAACGCCGGCAGGGAGUCAGCACCUUGCGGUCAAAACGCACCGAAAGAUUCGCGAGCUUGCUGUACGCAUUGUAUCGGCAGUCAUCAUUGUGUUGCGCCCUAGUCUUUGA